AUGCGGUACUCCAUGAUCGUCGUUGCAGCCUCGCUCGCCUCCAGUGUUCUUGGCGUUCCGAGGUUGCUCGCCAAGAGAGCAACCUGUGGCCAAGGCAUUGGUGGUUGCGCUCCAGGUCAAUGCUGCUCAGAGGGCGGCUACUGUGGUACGGCCACGGACUACUGCAAGAGCCCAGCCUGUCAGAUUCCCUACAGCGAUGGCAAUUGCGACGCCGAUGAGAAGCCUUGCGGUGCCUCAACUGAGGACUACCCGCGCAUCAAGGCGGGAUCAGCGCCUUAUGACACCAUUAUCAAGUCGUGCACAGAACCCAACGUCGUGGCUCUCACCUUUGACGACGGGCCCUACCUAUUCACAACCAGCCUCCUCGACACGCUGCGCGAGCAGAAUGUCAAGGCCACAUUCUUCAUCAACGGCAACAACAACGGCAAGGGCCGCAUUGACGACCCAGCCAACCCGUGGGCCGCCAUGAUUCGGCGCAUCUAUGCAGAGGGCCACCAGAUCGCCUCGCACACAUGGUCACACCAGGAUCUCGUCCUGGCCGACAGCGAUCGCCGCACAAAGGAGAUCAUCUACAAUGAAAUGGCUCUCCGCAACAUCCUCGGUUUCUUCCCUACCUACAUGCGCCCGCCCGGUGGCAGCUGCACGCGCGCCUCUGGGAGUCUGGACCGUCUAACGGAACUGGGCUACCACGUGGUCAACUGGGACCUCGACACAAAGGACUACCUGAACGACAACCCUGCCGCCAUCCAAAAAAGCAAGGAAAUCUUUGACCAAGGCUUCAACGGCACUGCGUCGCGUAUUGUGCUCACGCAUGACACCCAUGAGCAGACGGUCGUCGCGUUGGCCGCGUACAUGAUCAGCGCCGUCAAGGCCAAGGGCUUCAAGCUCGUGACCGUCGGCGAGUGCCUGGGUGACGACGAGGCCAACUGGUACACACAAGCGUCUGCCAGCUCCGAGUGCUCCAUUGCGGGAGAGGGUCCGGAGACACCCCCAGGUGACAAUGGUGACAAUGGCGACAACGACGACGACGACGGCGACCUAGUGCCCUCCAAGGAUGGCACUUGCGGAGAGCGUAGCCAGGGCAAUUAUACUUGCAAGGGCUCCGACUACGGUGACUGCUGUUCCUACAAUGGUUUUUGCGGCGGGACGUCUGGAUACUGUGACGGCGGCUGCCAGUCUGACUUUGGCAGCUGCAACAAACUUGAGUGCGGCGACGACCUCAUCGUCUCGGAGAACGGCCUCUGUGGCGGCGACACCUUUCAAACCUGCUUGGGAUCGGUAUAUGGCAACUGCUGCUCCGAGCAUGGCUACUGUGGCGAAACCGAGGUCUACUGUGCUUCCGACAAUGGCUGUCAGGUGGAGUGGGGUCAAUGUUCCUGA